ACCUGUAAACACUGCCUACACAUGCAGCGCCAGAAGCAGCAGUAUGUUCUGACAGCAGACUGUGGUUAAGGAGCCGGUAUUUUGCUUAUAGACAGGCUAAGCAGUUGAAAUGUCUCAGGCCUCAGACAGAGCUGAUGUGUCAGAGAAACCUCGACCUCCGAACUGGAUCCUGCACCAUCCAGCGUAUCUGCAGAUGAAGAGCCUGGAGGCUGGGGAUAGCGCCCAGUUGCAUGCAGCUUUCCUCGUGUAUAUGGAUCUUGCUGAGGUGCGUCAGUGGAAAGAGGUGUCUUGUGUCAAGAGUCCUGAACUGCAGGUGAUUUUGUUGGAAGGGAGGGAGAAGGAAGGGGCUCCCAUCCAGACUGUUCUUCCUCUGCCUGUUCACCGGCCGCUGUGCCACAAAAGCAUACGGCACGUGCUGGACAGAGGCUUUCCUAUGCUGCUGUGUGCGGUGGCGUCUGACUCCACCCUGGUCUACCAAAGGAUGACUGAUGGGUUGGUGACACCCGACCCACCUGCAGGCCCCUUCCAGGAUGUGGGGCGCCGGCAGCACCGAAAGAGACGACAGCAGCACUGACCACCUGGAGGGAGAAGAUGAUGAUGAUCUGUCUGAUAAACACAAGGACAAACUGACAGUAUGGAAGCAGGUGCAGCUGGACCUUUCCACGGUACCACUCCAGGUGGUGUAUGUGGCCUGUGAUUCCCUGUCAGUAAGAAAUCGCUGGCUUCAUCCAACCAGAGAAGCCAUCAGUGAUUUUCUAAAGAAUGUCUACUUGUGACCCAUCAUCACCAGUUGCGUGUCUGUGGGUUGUAAACCAGCCGACCAAAGAGUGAGCACAUGAGUAGUUUUUACAACUACCCAAUUAUUCACCAGAA